AUGACAUGAAAAUAUUGUUGUUGGAGCCUCGGUGGAGGGACACGGACGGAGCAGAUCGAUCCCUGCCGACGUUUCUUUUGUUUUUAUUUCGGUUCGUCGGUGAAGCAGCAGCAGCGAGCUUCCGGAAGCAGCAUGUCGGUGAACAUGGACGAGCUCCGGCACCAGGUCAUGAUCAACCAGUUUGUUUUGACGGCGGGUUGCGCCGCCGAUCAGGCGAAGCAGCUCCUCCAGGCGGCCCACUGGCAGUUCGAGACGGCGUUGAGCUCCUUCUUCCAGGAGGCCAACAUCCCCGGUCACCACCACCAGAUGAUGGUGACUCCCAGAAACACUCCCGCCACGCCGCCCAACUUCCCCGACGCCAUCACCAUGUUCUCCAAGCUACGAGCGUCCGACUGCGGCUCCGCUUCCUCCCAGUCGGCGGCCUGCUCCCCUCCGGCUCCGUCCUCCGGCUUCGGCUCCUUCUGGGCCUCGUCGCCGCCGAGCCACCAGCCGGCCUGGCUGCCUCCGUCCUCCCCCACCGGACACCGCUGCCACCACCAGACGCCCAUGUGGCCGCCGGCGUCGCAGCCCAGCGGAGCCCAGCAGCCGGCCGUCGUCCCGGCGCUCAACGGACCCAGAUGAGGAUCAGGAGGAACGACGGCAGAACUGUUCAGUGUUCGUGGACUGAAGGAGAGACUCGAGGCGAGCCGGUCUGGACUCUCUGAGCCCGACAGGAGAGCAGCCAUCACAGCCGUCUGUCAUCCGUUUGGUAGAAACAAUCCGCCGAGCAAUAACCAGCAACGAGUAGAACCAAGAGACGCUGCAGAGUUUCACUGCAGAACCUGAACCGCUCCUCUCACUUCUGCUGUUUCUGGAGGUUUUCCUGCAUCUGCAUGAAAAAUGUUCCGUCUGCUGCACAGAUGUUUGUUAAUACGAACAAAGAUUCCUCCUGGAGACAACAAACUGAGUCUGAGCUCAGCCAGCUUGAAUUUAAAGAGAGUUUUAUCCAUUUUUUUAACCUAAAAUGAUGUUUUUAUUUGUGUUGUCAGCACUGGAGCUGAAACUGUUCAACUAUUUCAAGCACAAAUCGGAAAACGUGUCGACUUUUUGCUGUUUUACACGAGUGAAAACUGAAUAUUUGGACAAAGUUACACACUUGAGGACAUGUAAGAGACUAGAAAUCGAUUUUAGUGACAACUAUGCAACAAUGUCUGACCAGAAAUGAAGAAAAACACAUGAAUUAUUGACACUUACUGUAGAAUAAUGUUCAAACAGUCCCAGUUUUCUGUGCUUUUAGGUUUUCUAAAGUAUUUCUGAAUCAUUUCCUGUAAAAUUUGACUCAACAACUGGAUGGUUUAAUUUAGGACGUUAAACGAAACUGUAUUGGAGUUAAAAUCUUAUUAUUCUACUGCAGACAAGGAGCUCGUUGAAGUGAAAAACUGUUGAAAAUGUUCUUGGCUGCCAGGUUUGUUCAGAUUUUAGAAAAAAAAAAAAACGUAAGAAAUGAGUUGAAGUCGUGCAGCAGAUGUGAUGUUUUUCCAUCCAGAUGAGUUUGUAAUUUCACAUUUUGUACAUUUAAACAGUGAGAAGUGGAAGACGAACUGUAAAGUGAAAGUUUGCAAUAAUCUGACGAUGGGAACUGGAAAGAAGAAGAAAAGUUUUCUGUAAAUAAAAGAUUCUUUGAGGCCACAGAAGCAGACGGUU